UUCGCCCCGCCCCCUCCCUUCGACGCGUCCGCGCGCGGCCACGUGCCGCAGUGCGGCUGCCUCGCCUUCUUGACGCAUGCGCGGCGGCCCCCUCCUCGCCCUCGUCCCGGCCCCGCCCCUCCCGUCCGCCAAGAUGGCGGCCUCUGUGGUAGCCACGCUGCUGAGGGGCCUGCGGGUCCUCGCGCCCCUCCGGGGGGCUUCCCCGGCCCAGGCUGCUCCCCGGGCCUUCUGUACCGAAGCCCCCGCGAAGAAAGAAGCCUCCCCCAGCACUGAACGCAUUUCUCCAUUCAAGGAUGCCCCUUGGGAGUAUCUGGAGACAGAAGAGUACCUGGCCCGCUACGGCUCCCGCCCCGUCUGGGCCAACUACCGCCGCAACCACAAGGGUGGGAUCCCGCCGCAGCGCACCCGCAAGACGUGCAUCCGCGGGGACAAGGUUGCCGGGAACCCCUGCCCCAUCUGCCGGGACCAGAAACUGCUUGUGGACUACAGGAACGUGAAGCUCCUGGAGCAGUUUAUCUGUGAGCACACGGGAGUCAUCUUCCACGCCCCCCACACAGGGGUCUGCAUGAAGCAGCACAAGAAGCUGACCCAGGCCAUCAGGCAAGCGAGGGACCACGGCCUCCUGCCCUUCCACAUCCCCGUGGCCGACCUGCGGGACGCGGACUUCAGCAACCAGCACGGAGCCGUGACGCGCACUCCCCCGGGGCCGGCGCUGGCGGCGGGCACCCCCUGGUACCCCUGGUACGCCUGGCAGCACCCGUCCGACAAAGAGAUGGCCCGGAUGCGCCGGCUGUACCGCGGCUAUCUGCGGGAGGAGAGCGGGCCUCCGCCCGAGAGGAUGCCCCAAGUCCCCCGGCCCGCCGCGGCCCCUGUUGUGGGGGAAGAGGAACCCAGGAGCGCAGGAGCCUAGAAGGGGCUCGAGGAUACGGGAGACGCCCCUCCGGGGCGGUCGGACCCAGGAGCCCCCCUCCCACGCUCACACGGCCCGCUUGGCCGUCUCUCCCGCUCGAGUGCUUACUGUGGACGGAGCACUGUACUGAGCGCUUGGACGAGUCCAACAGGACGAGUGGCAGGAGAGAUGGGCCGGCCCAGGUCCCGAAGAGGGGAGGGGUGGGCGGGAAGGGGGUGUGUGGCACCAACUCGCCUGAAUAAAACCUCUGUCCACCUCC